AUGGAGAUAGUGGCCCUGGCGAUGGAAAACAGCUCUGGUGGCACUAAUGGUGGCACCAAUGCUAUCACCACUGGUGGCAUCACUGGUGACAAAACUGUAGGCACCACUGGUGACAACACUGGUGGCACCGCUGGUGACAGCUAUGGUGGCACUACUGGUGGCACCAAUGGUAGCACCACUGGUGGCACCACUCGUGAUAACACUGGUGGCAACACUGGUGACACCACUGGUGGGACCACUCGUGACAACUCUUUUGGCACUACUGGUGGCACCAAUUGUAGCACCACUGGUGGCACCACUGGUGACAACACUGGUGGCACCACUUGUGACAACACAGGUGGCACCACUGGUGACAAUACUGGUGGCACCACUGGUGACAGCACUGGUGGCACAUCUGGUGACAACUUUGGUGGCACCAGUGGUGGCACCAAUGGUAGCACCACUGGUGGCACCACUGUGUGUGUUGUUUAUCUUACAGAGUGGGACAUCUUGCAGUUGCUGAGCAUCAACGGGUCACAGACGGGAGUGUCAGCAGCCAGGGGCCCCAUCCCUGACACUCCAGCCUGGAGGCUAAGGGCUCUCUACGACAACAUUCAGCUGGAUUCCAGCAUCGUUCCCAAGAUCGCCUCAACACUUCACGACCAGCUAAGUCUGUACUUCGUCUACAAGCAACACAAGAAAACUCUCGGGUCACUGAUCUCUAUUAACCUACCUGGCAAGAUCAAGCCUUUCCUCCAGGUGAUCUCCAAUCUGAAGUCUCAACACCUGAACUUGGUGUACCACAUCAAAGAAGAUACCAAGACCCACCAAGCCUCCUUCAAGCUGCCAGACAAGGUUGGAUGGACGUGGACGAGGUUGUUGAUCAGCAUCAACCAGACGGACGUGCGUGUGUGGAUCAACUGCGCAGACUACGACAAGCAGCGCCUGGCGGGACACAUUGAUCUGCAGAUACCUGAGGGAGGCUUAUUGUACUUCCGUCAGGAACCCGGACUCAAAAACAAGCUGAUUGGAAGCAUCCAGAUGGCUAAGCUAAUGAACUUCAGUGAGAACGACCGGGUGUGGAACUGCUCCUACGACUCCCAGUUUGGCCCAGGUUGGCGCCCGCCUCUCAUUGGUUAACUGACUAGCCCAGUCGUCGCCCAGCCUGCCCUCCCAUUGGCUAACUCUCUCGCCCAGUCGUCUUCCCCAUCCCCAAGAAAGUAGCCCAGGCGGCCUGUCCUCUAUCUCAGAUAAGGACCUCCCAAUAACAGCGUUGUGAGCUCAAAGCUAACACUUCGCCGACUGGGCUCAGCAGAGCUAUUCCAAGCUAACUCACUACCCAUCUGCUGCCCAACAUUUCUACCACUGCUGUCUUCUAACCUACAUAACACGCAUGUUGCACAACUGACAAAGGUGCUGAGAUCAAUAUGUGUGCUAUUAACGCUGUACAUUAGCUACGACUCUGUACAGAGAACGGGAGUACCGUUGUUUGUACUGAAUGUUAGUGGUCUGUCUUUCAGGAAACAGGACACUGAUUUGGCAGUCCUUCGUGGUAGCCUCUGGUAAGAUUCUGCUUGGAUGAUAUACAUGUUUUUAUUUUGUAUUUACAGCGAUGGACUUACGGGAUAAAGUUCCUGACUUACGGAACUUGAUACUCAAAAAAUGCUCUAUAUCUGGAUCCAUUUUGGUGAAGGUGCAUCUUUUAUCUUCGAAUCAUAUGAACUUGACCAUUUUUUUACUGGAUUUAAAGGUUAAAACCUUUUGCCUCGGCUCAGUUCUCUUUAAGAUACACACUUUUACGCACCUUACAUGACGCCCAUAAGAGUCUACUGACACCCAGGUACCUAUUUAUUACCAGGUGAAUAUGGGCAACAGGUGUUAGGAAAUUUGACCAUAAGGACACCCCAGGAUGCCACCCAGAACAUUCGAGUCAAACCCAGGUGAGGAGAAUUUAAGCUCUUUGAUAAGUGGGAAUCACACUUAUGUAUACAUGGAAGACUGAGGACCAAGCCAGCGUUCCUGCAAAUCCAAAAGUGAGCAGAGUAAGCCACUGAUUUGUCUCCUCAAGUGGGUUAUUGAAUCUGUUACUGUAGAGGGUUGCUAGAAAUGAGAAAACGUUUAGCGAGAUCUCAGAAAAUAGUCAGCCAUGAUGUGUUGUUUGUCAGCAUAAAAAGAAUGUUACGAGGCAGUAAAGAGAGGAUUUGUACACCCACGUACGCAAGCGCGAGUGAGCGCACACACACAAUACUAACAAAUCAGGUACAUACAAACCGCUUCAGUUAGUCAUUAUAUUAUACCUGUAGAAGGUCGUAUACCUUAUGUAUAAAAACAUACAUGAUAUACACCCACAUACUCAUUGUAUACAAUGUUCUUGUAUAUGAGUUUGUGUGAAUAUAAUAACGGUGUACAAUACCGACUAGUUGAUAAUUAAGACACAUGUGCAACAGUUAGGCAUCUUUAUUCCGAAACGUUUCGCCUACACAGCAGGCUUCUUCAGUCGAGUACAGAGGAGGCAGCAGAAGCAGUAGAGAUGUGAAGACGAUGUAAUCAGUCCAUCACCCUUCAAGACGUAGUUUUGAGGUGGUCAGUCCCUAACUGUUGCACAUGUGUUUUACCUAUCAUCAUAUUAAUUGGUAAUAGAUAAUAUUGAUAGAUGAUUUACAGAUAAGUUAAGUGGCAGGCAAAAAUCCCAGACAUUUACGUGCAUUCAGUAUAUCUAGUUACACCCAUGUACACCCAUGUACACAUACGUACAUUCAGUAUACUGGUAAAAAUCUCUGUUCCACAGGGCACAGUACUCAUCCCACUUCUGUUUCUCGUUCUGAUAUCCAACACUGACGAACUCAUAGCACCUUAAUAUCCUUUGCUGUUGACUCUAGCCAGAAUCUCUCCGAGAGUGACAUCUGUCGAAGUGAAAGAGAAUCUUCCACUGGAUCUCAGACUCAAGUGUGAUGUUUAUCGAGGACAAGUUUCAGUUGCUCCGCUAUGGAAGACUGGAGGAAAUAAAGUACUGGACAAGCUCAAAUCAUGUGCGAGACAUAGGAGUAAUGAUGUUAGAAGAUCUCACAUUCAAGGAUAACAACUAUGAUGUUAUUGCUGCCACAAGGAGAAUAUUAGGCUGGAUAACUGCAGCUUUCAAGACAAGUCAGUGAUAACAUACUUUAGGUCACUGGUUUUCUCCAGGCUGGAAUACUGCUGCAUACUGACGGCCGCCUUCAACACAGACGAGAUUGCUGAGCUGGGACACAUACUGAUAACUUUCACUGCUCGUAUACACUCAGUCAUCUGAACUAAUGGAAACUCUUGAAGUCCCUUCAACUAUAUUCCAUUCGUUGACGAGAAAAGUACAUAAUAAUUUACAACUACAAGAGCCUGGAGGAACUGUUCCACAACCUGAACAGCGAAAUCAUUCUGUAUGACAAGAAGAGACUUGGUAGACAGUGCAAAAAUGCCUUCACUAAAAAGCAGAGAAGCGACGAGUGUACUAUAAAUGGCGAUGAGUGUUAGAGGUCCUCGACUCUCCAACGGCUUCCCUUCAUGCCUGUUGGGAAUUACAAACAAACUUCUAGGUGUCUUCAAAGGGGAUUGGACAGGUUCUUCAAAUCAGUUCCUGACUAGCCGGGCUCUGGUUCAUACGUUGGACUGUACGCAGCCAGCAGUAACAGCUUAGUUGAUCAGGCCCAGAUCGACCAGAAGACCUGGUCUGGGACAAGAUCAAGGUUCUUCAGGUGUUCUCUAGUGUGUCCUCUCUAAUUCACCUGACAAUACAGGGUACAAGCCUGCAGUUUUGAAUGUCGUAGGUGACACUGCCUGGAACAAGUUAUGCUGUCGUAUAAGGUGACUACAAUGAAUGGAACAAUAGAUAACGUACACGGAUGCAGCACGGAUGUUUGUAUGAACAUACGAACAUUUCUGCUACAUUCGUGAACACGAAUGUAGCGCGAAUGUUGAUUUAUUAAUAUUAGAAUGAAAGCCUGCUGGAUGUACCAAUAUUCAGAGAAAUAGGAGAGGGAAUAUUAACACAUGAAGUCAAGAAUUGUUUAGGAUAGAAUAAGAGUGGGAUGAGAGAAGUGGGUUGUGUAAAAUAUUUACGUAUCUCGAGGUUAGAUGAGAGUACAGUUAGAGAUAUUGACACUUGUUAGGUGAAGGAUUGAGUAUUUUUGCAACAAGAAAUACAGAUAUAUAUAUAUAUAUAUAUAUAUAUAUAUAUAUAUAUAUAUAUAUAUAUAUAUAUAUAUAUAUAUAUAUAUAUAUAUAUAUAUAUAUAUAUACACAUAUGCAUAAAAGAGAAAAUUUAAAAAACAGGAAAAUCACAGUAUCGUGGCUGGAACAAUUCCCAGCUGAGAGUUCAAAGAGGAACGAUGUUUCGGCUGCUUGUGGACCAUCGUCAGGGUGCGAGUGAGAGAAACGAAGAGACAAUCAAGAGACUGGUCAACUCAAGAGGUCAGAAGAAAGGUCAGGUCACGUGACCCAGCUUUAGCACCAUCAUUGGUACCUUUGUCUCUGCAGUGGCUAAGAAAGAACAGACUGUGUGGAUGGGUCUGUGAAGACUAAGAAAGGAAUUGAUAGCUGUAUUUGGGAUAGUUUUAGGAGAGAACUUUUUGUCUGAAUACUUUGGUCCACAUGAUGGUCAGAAAGAUGAACUCUACUACUACUGUGUUCCUUAAGAUGAUCUGAAAAAAGUGACCAGUUUUACCUGUGUACUGAAGUGGCUAAGACUACAGCAGUGACCCGAACCUCACUGUCACCUCGUCCUUCAUGUCUCUGUCUGAUCCUCACCUCUUCACCUGUCCUGUCACCUCACCUGCUGACUUCUAUCUACCUCUUACGGACCGAAACAUCGUCUAACUCUUCCUUUUGUGAAUUGUAAGUUACAGGAGAAAUAAAUUUGGUGAUUAAUCACACACUGGAAUGUUUGAGGCUUAUUAAACGACAGAAACAGUAAGAUAAAUGGGGUAUGUGAGGAGAACAGUGUCAGUGUAAUAGAGAAGUGAACGUGAGUGAAUCAGAGGUGAUGGUUAGUGGAUAAUGAAAGAAUGUGUUGGAAGAAAGGUGGGUUAGUGUGAGGAGGUGUGGUGUGGGUGUAGUGCUGCUGGAGUGUGCAGUAGAGGGUAGUGUAUACAGCAGGGUGGGUUCAGGUGGCAAGAGGAAUGAUUGGUGGAAUGAUGAGUUGAGUGUGGAGGCAGUGUGUGAGGCAGUGUGUGUGAGGCAGUGUGUGUGAGGUAGUGUGUGAGGCAAUGUGUGCGAGGCAGUAAACAGUACCAGAAGUGAGAGUAGAGGCAAUGUGUGAGGCAGUGUGUGAGGCAGUAAAUAACACCAGAAAUGAGAGUAGAGGAAGUGUGUGAGGCACUAAACAGCACUAGAAAUGAGUGGGGAGGCAGUGUAUGAGGUAGUAAACAGCACCAGAAGUGAGAGUAGAGGCAGUGUGUGAGGCAGUAAACAGCACCAGAAGUGAGAGUAGAUGCACUGUGUGAGACAGUAAACAGCACCAGAAGUGGGUAUAGAGGCAGUGUGUAAGGCAGUAAACAGCACCAGAAAUAAGUGGGGAGGCAGUGUAUGAGACAGUAAAUAGCAUCAGAAGUGAGUGUGGAGGCGGCAGUGUGUGAGGCAGUAAAUAGCAUCAGAAGUGAGAGUAGAGGCAGUGUGUGAGGCAGUAAACGGUACCAGAAGUGAGAGUAGAUGCAAUGUGUGAGGCAGUAAACAGCACCAGAAGUGGGUGUAGAGGCAGUGUGUAAGGCAGUAAACAGCACCAGAAAUAAGUGGGGAGGCAGUGUAUGAGACAGUAAAUAGCACCAGAAGUGAGAGUAGAGGCAGUGUGUGAGGCAGUAAACAGCACUAGAAAUGAGAGUAGAGGCAGUGUGCGAGGCAGUAAAUAGCAUCAGAAGUGAGAGCAGAGGCAGUGUGUGAGACAGUGUGUGAGACAGUGUGUGUGAGGCAGUGUGUGUGAGGCAGUGUGUGAGGUAGUGUGUGAGGCAGUGUGUGAGGCAGCAAGGACGAUGAAAGGGGGUAAUGCAGGUAAGACAGAUGGGCUUUGGGCUGAGAGAGUAAUGGCGGGUGGAAGAUGCAGUAUGGUAAGAUCUUACAGGUGAGGAUACUGGGUGGUAAGAUCUUACAGGUGAGGAUACUGGGUGGUAAGAUCUUACAGGUGAGGAUACUGGGUGGUAAGAUCUUAUAAGUGAGGAUACUGGGUGGUAAGAUCUUACAGGUGAGGAUACUGGGUGGUAAGAUCUUACAGGUGAGGAUACUGGGUGGUAAGAUCUUACAGGUGAGGAUACUGGGUGGUAAGAUCUUAUAAGUGAGGAUACUGGGUGGUAAGAUCUUACAGGUGAGGAUACUGGGUGGUAAGAUCUUACAGGUGAGGAUACUGGGUGGUAAGAUCUUACAGGUGAGGAUACUGGGUGGUAAGAUCUUACAGGUGAGGAUUCUGGGUGGUAAGAUCUUACAGGUGAGGAUACAGAAUGGAUAGAUCUUGCCCAUUGAUUACCAUGUUGCUUGCACGUGUAAGAGAAAGGAGAACAUGAGAUUAUUUAGAUCAACAAGACGAAAAGUAGAAAUGAAGAUGAACGAGGAGGAUUUAGAGAAGAACGAGGAUAUGUAGAUCAAGUGUUUACAUUAAAACACGUACUUUGUGCUUGUUACAGCCAUGAAUUUAGGAAAGGGAUACCCUAGGGUAGUUAGUGAGUCUAGGGUAGUUAGUGAGUCUAGGGUAGUUAGUGUUGCAGGCGUUGCAAAUGUAUGAAGUGAGGGUAAGUUGUUGAAAGAUUUUACGAAGAGAAUGUCCCUCUUGGUCAGCCAUUUACAAAAAAAGGGAAAGAAGCUUCGGUAAAAAGCGAGCCUCGUUCUAGGACGUGUAAUGUCACUGGUCGCUCGACAUUUUAAGUGAUGAAGUUGUAAAAGAUGUGAAUGAUGUGAGGAUCAGAAGAUAAUGUGAUGUGAGGUGAGAGAUGUGACAUAGUUGCUCUUUGUUGAUGAGGGAGAUUAGGUGUGUAAAAGAAGAAAAUUUAAGGAAAAUAGCAGGAGGAGAGUAAGAAUUAAGUGAAUGAAAGAUUAACUCUCAGAUUGCUGUAACACUUUACGACAGCUCACAAAAUGCGUGCAAAACAAAUAACUGAAAAAGUACAUGGAUGGAUAUUUAAUAUUCUAAUGAACUGAGCCCAAAUGGUAAUAAUAAAGAGUGUGAAGUCAGAGGCUGCCAGAGUGAAAAGAAUUGUUUCCCAAAGCUCAAUACUUACCCUUGUUCUCUCUCUCAUUCUGACAUUCUACUUAGACACAUAAAACAUAGAACCGUGUAAUCCACUGCUUAUAGAAUGUGAAUGAGAGCGACAUCUAUUGAGGACACAGCACACCUCCAAGCUCAUGUAAACAAAGUCUUGCAGUGGACCACUGACAACAAUAUUAUGUUUAAUGAGGACAAGUUGCAGUUACUUCGUUAUUAUGUAAAGAUUGAGGAAUUAAGACUGGAAAAUAGAAUAAAGAUAACUCAGAUUACUAGACAGAGUGCAAGGCUAUUGUGAGAGACCUGGAAGUGAUAAUGUCAGAGAAUCUCGCCUUCAAGCAUCACAACAGUGUCACUAUCACGACAGCAAGGAAAAAUGAUAGGCUGGAUAACUUGAACCUUUAAAACAAGAGAUACCAAUUAAGAGAUACUAUUCCAGUCUCUUAUUGUCUCUAUCCUGUACUCUAACAGCUCCAGCAGCGCUGUAUGACACUUCUCGGUUUAGCGCCGUCUUUAAUUAUAAUAAUAAUAAUCUAACAUCUCCGUUCAAGUCAAAGGAAACCAGAGACCCGAAGAAUGAAUGUACAGCACACAGAACCUUCACUGCUAGUAUACACUCAGUCAAACACCUACAUUACUGCGAACGUUUGAAAUCCCUCGAUCUGUACUUCCUGGAACACUGGAGAAAAAGGUACAUUGUAAUCUCGACAUGGGAAAUUCUGGAAGGACUGGCCCCAAAUCUGCACACAUCAAUCAUCUCACAUAAAAUAAAUGCUUGGCAUACCAUGCAAAUACUACCAAUUAAAAGCAGGGGAGUAAUAAGUACACCAAGGAAAAACUCAUUAAGCCUGCAAGGACCAAGACUUCUCAACACCCUACCAUUAUAUAUAAGAAGGAUGCUAACACGCCCCUUAGAUUUCUUCAGUAGAGAACUUGACAAGUUUCUCUAUUUAUUCCUGAUCAGCCCUAGUGCAUACGUAGUACUUAGUGAGGCUGGCACCAGCAGUCUGGUGAAUUAGGUCAUCUGUCAAGAGACCUGGUCUGGGACAGGGCAGCGGCGGGGGAGUUGACCCCUCAACACUCCAAGAAAAACUUUCUAAUUCAGCUUGGUGGGAAAGUGGAAAAAGUAAGUGUAUAUACAUAAGACAUUAUAUAUAUAUAUAUA